UGGUACCUAGUCAUUGAUACCAUGUUGCCGCAGAGAAAAGCAAACUGUGUCUGGGGAGACCACAAAUUUAUUGUCCUCUGGCCCCAAUUGAUCAAAUUUCCCCUCCUUUUCUUCUUAUAUAUCAACAUCACUGUCUAGUUUCUCACCACUGCGCACGCACCACUUCAAAAUGAACACUCACUUCUUCUUCUUCUUCUGCUUCUUCUUGUCGCUCUCAUCUUUCCAUGUUUCUCGAGCAACAGAAGGAAUGCCUCUGCCCCAAACGCGCCACUAUUCCAAACAGAACAACAUCAACCCGUUCACCCCCAAAGCCUCUCUCAUUCGCUACUGGAAAACUCGCGUUUCAAACGAGCUUCCCAUCCCUCAAUUCCUUCUCUCCAAAGCUUCACCUCUCACUCCACAACACUACGCCACGCUCAACAACCUCCUAAACCGAAAACCCAAACCCUUCACUCCCAAGCUUCACCACUCUCUCUGUUCCUCACCCAACUUACUCUGUUCCUUCGACGACACACCACCAAACACGCCCCGACGCAAAAGCGACGACGCCAACUUCGCCGUUUACAACAACAAACGCUUCGCCAACUACGGCUCGUCCCGAGUCGGCGGAGUCGACUCGUUCAAAAACUACUCCAACGGCCUAAACGCCAACAACGACGCGUUUAGAAAAUACAGCGCCGCCGCAACGCGCCACAGCGGCCAGUUCAAGAACUACGCCGACAACGGCAACGUCGCCAACACGAACUUCUCCAGCUACGGCUCCGGCGCGGCGGAAACCUCCAGCGACUUCAACAGCUACGACAAAACGGUCAACGUUCCGAAUCUAGGUUUCACAACCUACGACUCCGGCGCCAGCAAUCACAAACUCUCGUUCUCGAGCUACGGCAACGAAACGAACUCCGGCUCGCAGUCUUUCACUAGCUACGGAAAACGCGUUCGCGGCGGAACCAGCGAGUUCGCGAAUUACGCCGGCGACGCGAACAUUCUCCAAUCGGAGUUCAACAGCUACGGCGACUUCAGCGCCGGAGCGAGCAACGACACCUUCAAAUUCUACAGCCUCAACGGCAACAAUCCGCGGCACGUUUUCAAAAGCUACGGCGCCGGAUCCUCCGGAUCCGCCGCGGAUAAUUUCCUCAGCUACCGCAACCGCGCCAACGUCGGCGACGACUCAUUCCAAAGCUACGCCGCGAAGUCGAACUCCGGCGCCGCCACGUUCGCAAACUACGGCAUGUCGUUCAACGUCGGAAACGACAGUUUCGCGGAGUACGGAAAGGGCGCGUCGGGGAAAGCCUCGUUCGGAUUCAAAUCAUACGGUCUAGGCCGCGCGUUUAAGUUUUACAACAAAAACGGCGCGUCGUUUUCGGAGUAUCGCAAUUUCAGCGCAUCCAGUGGCAAAACCGUAAAUAAAUGGAUCGAACCGGGUAAAUUCUUCAGAGAAUCAACCAUGAAGGAAGGGAAGGUUAUGGUAAUGCCUGAUAUUAAAGAUAAAAUGCCUGCAAGGACGUUUUUGCCCCUCUCUAUUGCGUCGAAAUUACCGUUCUCGUCGUCGAGGAUUGAGGAAAUGAAGGAGGUGUUUCACGCGCGGGAAGCGUCUUCCACCGAGCGCGUGAUGGUGAACGCUUUGAAAGAGUGCGAGAGGGCACCGAGCAAGGGCGAGACGAAACGGUGCGUUUCGUCCGCGGAGCAGAUGAUAGAUUUUGCGGUAUCUGUGGUGGGUCCCAACGUGGCUUUGAGAUGGACGGAGAAUGUGAACGGGUCAGGAUCGAGUGUGAUGAUUGGGAGAGUCUACGCAGUGAACGGUGGAAAAGCGAUCAAAGCGGUUUCAUGUCAUCAGAGUUUGUACCCUUACUUAUUGUAUUAUUGCCACAGUGUGCCCCUAGUGAGAGUGUACGAAGCUGAUAUUCUGGACGUGGACUCCAAGGAGAAGAUCAACCAUGGGGUUGCCAUCUGUCACCUUGACACGUCAGCGUGGGGCCCUCAACAUGGGGCGUUCUCCGCGUUGGGGUUUGGCCCUGGCAAAAUUGAGGUGUGCCAUUGGAUAUUCGAGAACGACAUGACUUGGACCACUGCUGAUUGAAGAGAAAAUCUCUGCUUUGGUUUUUUCACUUGCUACCACACAUCAAAAAACACUUUCAUAAAUUAAGCCGCAUUGCUUUCUUUUUUUAACAUUUUGGUAUUCUAUUUACAAUUCAGCUUGUGUCGUUUUGUAGAGCUUUGGAUUAUUCGGUGGUCAUGACUCAAUAGUACUCAUGACUUUUACUAUUUAUUGCGCCUAAUUUAAA